AGAGGGUAAUGUCUAUUGUCGUUGACAUGGAACGAGAUAGCCAAUCGGAGACAAAAGAACACGUUGUCCAGGCCAUGUAGAAAAACGACGACCAAUAAAAGUAAAAAAGAAAUCUCCAUAUUUAAACUGAAACUCCACGCUUAUUCAGGAAAGACCCAGAAAUAUUUAGGUGCAUCACCAUGGCUUACGUUGAACGAGGCGUUGUUAAAUCAAAGCGUUCGAUAUGGCGACUCAAGACAAUAACUGAUUUUUUUUGGUCCAUUGUAAACCUCAUAGGCGUGUUCUUCUCAACCAUGUUCUCGAUGGAAAAGUCGGAUGCCUACAGAAAAGGCUCGGCUUCUGGAAAGAAAUGGGAUGGCGGUGGUCCUGGAGGUCCUGGGGGAGGACCAUAUGGUGGUGGUGGUGGUGGUGGUCCACGGGGGCCUCGAGGUGGGCUUGACAAUGUUCGUGGAUUGGACAGUGUUCGAGGGCCUGACCAUAAUUCUUUACCUGCCUGUGGUUCCUGCUGCGGCUGAGCGUGGACUAUGUGGAAGUGCUUGAAGCGAAUACAUUGUUGUUUUGUUUGGAAUGUUAUAUUUCUGCAUAAUUAAGUUGUGAACAAGUCUUCCAACAAGAGGACAUAGGCUAGAGCAAACUGACUUAAACUUAUAAGUAUAUAUUACAAAAUUUAAGUAUUGGUAUUUCAUGCA